AUGUUAGAUCCUUCAAAUCGUUUAAGAAAUGCUAUAAUAGAAGGUAAUUUACCAAUUAUAAAAAGAAUAUUAUCCAGAUUUCCCGAUUUAUGGUUAAAUAUUGAUUCUUCAAAUAAAGGUUGGUCAAAUUUACAUUAUAGUUCUUAUUAUGGUCAUUAUUUAAUUUGUUAUAAUCUUAUUAUAUUUAUAAAUAAGACAUUGGGGAAUUUACAAAAUGAUUAUACUACUUUAGAUUUAUUAACUUUUGAUAAUAUAACUGUUUUACAUUUAUGUAUUGAAAAUCAUCAUUUACAAACUUUACAUUAUUUAUUACAAGAAUUUCCUGGUAAAUUAUGGUUAAAUUAUAAAGGUGGAGAAUUGGAACAAACUCCUUUACAAUAUUCAUGUAUUUAUAAUUUUAAACAAGGUUGUAAAUUAUUAUUAGAAUUUGGGUCUAAUUAUUUAAUUCAAGAUAAAUUAGGGAAUACUUGUUUACAUUAUUGUUUUCAAUUUGGUAAUUUAGAUUGUUUAAAAGAAAUUAUAAAUCAUAUUUUAAUAAAUUCAAUAAAUAAAGAAUUAGCUAAACAAACUAUUGAAAAUUUUGAAAAUUUAAAAAAUUUACAAGAUUGGACUGCAAAAGAUUAUUCAUCAAGUUUUAAAUUAAUUCAAGAAUAUGAAGAAAUGAAAAAUAAUUUAAUAAAUAAUUUCGAUUUUGAAAGAUCAUCCACAACAACAAUAACCAACAAUCACCAACAUCAUGAAUUUAAUUCAGUUGAAUCAACAACCACCACAGAUAAUAAAUUACCACCAAUGCUACGAUUAAAUACUGAAAAUCAUUCACAAAUGUCUUUGGAUUUAGAUGGUGAAAAUAAAGUUUUAUCAAGUCCAAUAGUAUCAAUGUCAUUACAAUGUCAAGAAGAAUAUAAGAGAUUAAAUGGUAAUCGUAAACAUUCACUGUCUUUACCAUUGGAAAAUGCUUCAUCACAAAUAACCCCGUUAACAACUACAACAGCAAGACAAAGAUCUAAUACUACUUACAAUAAUCACCAACAACAACACCAACAUAAACAGCCAAUUGCAUUAAAUUUAACUACAACAUCAUCUUCAACAAAUACAAAACCUUCAACUCCAAGUCUUUCAGGUUGUUCAUCAAUUCAUAAUCAAUUUAUGGUUGGACCAUUAACUCCAAUAACUACUCAACCGAUGAUCAAUAAAACACCUUCUUUAAAAUCAGUAACUAUAUCCCCUUCAAUUCGUAGUUUAUCAAAUCAACAACAACAACAACAACAGCCACCAUCUUCAUCAUCAUCAAACGGGUACUAUAGCCAUCAUCUCCACCACCGUAAUGAAGAAUUAAACAACCAUCAAGAAGCUAUUGAACCAAAUUCUCCACAAUCUAUAUUAUCAAAUGAUACAAAUACUUCUCCCAUAUCAAAUAAUAGAAUUAUAACAAGAAGGAAAAGUUCAUUUUCAAAUCAACUACCAUCAAUAAAUUCCGAAAAAGUAUUUUGGCCAAUUGUAGAUGAUUCAGAACAACAACAACCAUCACCACAAUUAAAAUCAUCAAUGAGAAUUCAAGAUUUACAAAGAACAAGACAAAAUUCAUCUGCUUCUAUUGCUGCAAGAGUUGCUUUUAAUUCAAGUAGAACUUCUUUAAAUCAUUUAGAUACUAGCCCUACUAAACAAAGAUCUCAUAGUUAUAAUAGUAAUCAUUCAAACAAUAGUAAUCACCAAUAUAAUCAAAACCCUCCAAUAGCUACUACUUCAUCAAGUGGAAGUUUUUCAAGCUCGAAUAGCUCAAAUUCUCAACAUUUGAUCCACAACAACAACAAUAACAAUAACAGUCAAAACAAUAGUAGUUCAAGUUACACUACGAUAAACUAUCACAAUAAUAACUACAACAACAACAACAAUUACAACAACCCCCAAAAUGAAAUGAUAUUGAAGAAAUCAAAUUCGUCAGGCACGUUACCUUCUAUAUCAUCUUCAUCAUCAUUCAAACACAGUAAUUCACCAACAAUACAAACUACUUCCCAACAAAACAAUCAAUCUUUAUUUAUUAAUCAAAAUUCAAGUUUAAAUUCAUUAAGUAAUAAUAUUAAUAAAGUUAGUUUUAGUAGAGUUAGAUAA